AUGUCCAGCGCCGUCACUGAGGAGACCGGUCGUGCCACAUCCACUGAUCAGGAGCAGCUUCAGAAGCAGCAAGAGCCGGAGCAGCAUCAGCAGGUGCCCGAGCAACGCCAGCGGGAACUCUCGCCGGCGGGAGAGGCCGAGAGUGGAGGCACCACUGGCGCAGCUGGCGCCCCGGUCAACGGUCUGGAUGCCAUUGUUGCUGACCACAACGUCAUUAGGGAAUUGUUCAAUCGCUACGAUACGGCGGCGACGGCACAGGCCAAGGUGACAGCUGCCCGAAAUCUGGUCCGCCACGUCAGCCGCCACGCCAGCGCCGAGGAGCGCACCUUGUACCCCCUUUUAAGGGAGAAGCACCCGCAAGCCAACCUGGCCAAGAUGCUGUACGACAGGAUGAUCAACAAGGAGGUGCUUGAGUUCUUGGAAUCGCACGUGCCUGCCGGCGACGCGGAGUGGGUGUUGUACGACGCCACGUUGGCAAAGUUCCGCAUGAUUGAGGACGAGCAUAUGGCCAAAGAGGAAGCUGAGGUCAUCGAGCCUCUCCGCCAGGUUCUGGAUGCUUCUGCGGUGGCCAAGUUGGGUCGGCGCUGGUCCGCCGCCUUCGCCAAUGCCCCCACUCACCCGCACCCGGGCGGUACCUCGGGCGCCGCCCGGGCCCGGCUGGUGCACCCCGUGGUGGGCCUUAUCGACCGGAUGCGCGACGCUCUGGCCACUUGA